AUGGUCUUCAAGCCAUUCAAACCUCCUCUGAUCAGGAAACAGCCCAGCCCUUCCGUCUCUGAUGCAGUCCCGGCAAGCGGUUCCCCGGGAUAUCGCGAACUUCCAGCCAAGAGACAACGUCUGGACCCAGAAAUCACUACUCAUGUUGAUUCGCUAAGCCGAUCGUACACGCCGAGCCGCAAGCCUCUCCAGCAAGUCAUCAACGCAGGCAGCUCCUCCAGCGAGAGCACGACUGGUGAUGAUUCAUAUGGGGACAGAUACUACAACGUGCUAUGGCGAAAACCGUCGACGAAGAAGAACAAGACCUGGGACGGUGACGGUAUCAUCUCUGCCCGUGAUGGGUAUCUCUACCUACAGGACAUAUCGGGGAAGGAUAUGGGACGGGUGAUGCAUGGACCCCGACUUGAAGCAGGAACCGUACUCUCGAUAGGAGGCAAAGAAGUUGAGAUCGACUCGGAGAUACCUAAGAAGGAGUACCUAGCCGGCAGGCCAUUCCUCGAGAUGAAGGAGGUCACUGGCCCCGUUACAGCACCGGCACCGCCGAAGAAGACGUUCACGCCGUUACUGGGGAACCGAAGCGGUACCUCGCUUCUGACAACUUCAAGUCAGAAGGGCCAGGGUGGGAAGAUAGGCAGCUCGACUCUACCAAAUCCGGCAUCUAGACCCAGUUCUAUAUCCAAUGCAUACAAGAGGCCGCUACUAGAAAGCACCGUCGUUCCCGUGGGGCCUGUUGGGAAGCCGGUUCCACGCCAUGAUCCGAACCAACCCGGUGCACUGGUCAUGAAGCGACCGGAUUCAGUGCCCAAGGGGAAGCAAAUUGUUGACGUUGUCGUCGAUCCGAUUCUCUCCAAACACCUGCGACAGCACCAACGCGAAGGCGUCCAAUUUCUUUACGAGUGCGUCAUGGGUAUGCGAUCAUUCAAUGGAGAAGGUGCUAUACUUGCAGAUGACAUGGGCUUGGGGAAGACUUUGCAAACGAUUACGUUGUUGUGGACUCUGCUGAAACAAAAUCCAAUCCAUGAAAGCCCUCCUGUGAUCAAGAAAGCACUCAUUGUCUGCCCGGUGACCCUGAUCAACAACUGGAGGAAGGAGUUUCGGAAAUGGCUGGGUAACGAGCGUAUCGGUGUAUUCGUCUUCGAUGAUAAAAGGAAACGCUUGACAGACUUCACUAUGGGCAGGGCCUAUAGUGUCAUGAUAGUCGGUUACGAGAAGCUUAGAACUGUUCAAGAAGGCCUAGCAAGAGGUGCCGGAGUCGACAUUAUCGUCGCCGACGAGGGCCACAGGCUGAAGACGCUCCAGAAUAAGAGCGGCCAAGCUAUCCAGUCACUGAACGCCACAAAAAGAAUCAUUCUUUCGGGAACCCCAAUCCAGAAUGACCUGAAGGAAUUCUUUGCGGCAGUGGAUCUGGUAAAUCCAGGUAUUUUAGGGAACUUCAAGGCCUUUGUCAGAGAAUUUGAGGGGCCUAUCGUAAAGAGCAGGCAGCCGGAGGCAACCAAGAAGGAGAUUGAGAAAGGCGAAGCUAGGAAUGAAGAACUGCGAGAGCUCACUUCCAAGUUCAUGCUACGCAGGACGGCUGACAUACUGGCGAAAUAUCUGCCGCCGAAAACAGAAUAUGUCUUGUUCUGCAACCCGACCUCCACACAAGCCAAUAUCUACAAAAAUGUGCUCGCCUCUCCAGUAUUCCAGUGUGCCAUUGGCAACUCAGAAAACGCCCUGCAGCUCAUUACCAUUCUCAAAAAGCUCUGCAACAGCCCUUCGCUGUUGUCACCUAAAACUGGAAACGAAAAACCCAGUGAGACCAUCACAGCGCUUUUAUCGUCCCUGCCUCCGAAUCUCUUACGCCACUUCUCCCCUUCAUGCAGUGCAAAAAUACGUGUACUCGAUCAGUUACUCCAUAACCUACGUACAUCUACUUCAGAGAAGGUCGUCCUCGUCUCGAACUACACCUCAACGCUGAAUUUGCUCGCCAACCUGCUCACCUCGCUCUCUCUGCCUUUCCUGAGACUAGAUGGCUCAACCCCAGCGCAGAAAAGGCAGGCCCUAGUAGAAGAUUUCAACCGUCUACCCCCAAAUCUUUGUUUCGCGUUUCUCCUCUCCGCAAAAGCAGGAGGCACCGGACUAAAUUUGAUAGGCGCAAGCCGCCUUGUCCUCUUCGACGUGGACUGGAACCCAGCCACCGACGUACAAGCUAUGGCGCGGAUCCAUCGCGACGGCCAAAAGAGACAUUGUCGGAUCUACCGCGUCUUGCUCAAGGGAAGCCUGGAGGAGAAAAUCUGGCAACGCCAGGUAACCAAGAUCGGACUGGCAGACAGCGUUAUGGAACACAAAAACAGUGUGGCUCAAUUCUCAAGGGAUGAGCUGAAGGAUCUCUUCCGUCUCGACGAGGCGAGCCGCUGUCAGACGCAUGAGCUUCUGGGCUGCGACUGCGGUGGAUUAGGGCAGAUGGCUGGUCCAUCGAGCAACGACACCAGCAUCCCAGCCACGGAUGCAGAGGACUCACCGUCCAGCGAGCUCUCAGACACGGAUUCUGAAUUUCCCGACAUCCCCACGCUCAUAAAAGCAUCCCAGCUCAAUAUGGAAGAACAAGAGCGGCGGAUUCGUUCGCACCUGCGUGAUGGUCGUCGAAGCCGAAGCCACACGGGCAAACGAGGAAACGACAGCAUGGGCGACGAACCAGCCAAACAAAGCCGAAUACAGCAAUCGCUCUCGCAUUACGUGCAUAUAGACCCUGGUGUGUUAUCAGCGGCGACGGAUGAAACAGCAAUCGAUUUGCAGGCCGCACUUGAUGACGACGACGUCCUUCUUCCCUUACUCAAAGACGAGGAUAACAGAGUCUCGUUCAUUUUCAAAAAGUCUAGUACUGCAGAGGCGAAGGGGAAGAGGCCCUCCUCGCCAGUGAUUGUAGAUUAG